CAUGAUGAAAUUUCUUCAUGAAUUUAUGUUCGAUUCGCGAAAUGGCGAUGAAAUGGUGCUGUCAACACAGGAAAUGAUCACAACAUCCACUGCCAAAAAACUAUGGGAGAAAUCGGAUGGCAAGGGCGCCUCAUCGGCUGGUGUUACCGGUGGCCCCCUAAAUCCCUUGCACAUUGGUGAUCCACAUGUUUGGAAAGAUUCGCCAUGGUCAACACAGACUGAAACCAUAUUGCCGAGGCCACGUACAUUUCCACAAGCGCCCGAUACGACAGCGAGUGGAAAUGCUGGCAUAUUAAGUCCUCGUGAUUCAACAAGUGGUUUGGGUGUUAAAAUGGUCGAAUAUGUUUUGGGUGGAUCACCAACGAACAAAGAGAGUCCUUUGUCCGGUUUGGAACCACGCUUAAGAGGACUGAAGUUCGAUGAUAAUGAUAAGUCUCACGACGAUAAAGAGAAGGCUAAUUCUCCUUUUGACACAAAUGGUCUGAAGAAGGAUGACCAAGUGACCACAACGAAUGGUGUUGUCAAUGGCAUUGACGAUGACAAAGGAUUCAAUCGUACACCCGGCUCCCGCCAACCAUCACCAGCCGAAGAGACCCUACCACGUCCACCAACACUACUCGAUCCCUCACAACACCCGGCAUUUCCACCACAUGCAUUCAAUCAUAUGUUGGGCGCCGCCGGCAUGGAUCAUCCCGGUAAUUCGUCAGCCAAUACGGGUGCCGGUGGUCCCGGCGGUCAGGGUCAACAGAUGAACUCCUCAUUUCCACAUCAUCAAAUGCCGCAAAUGAAUCAGCUACAGCCACCGGUUAUGAACGGUGUGGGUGGUAUGCAAAUGGCUCAGAGUCCCAUGAUGAAUCACCAAAGUCAACAGGGUCCAAAUCAAAUGGAAUCACCAGGAAAUUUAUUGCAGCAACAGCCCCCUAAUUUUGAUGUACAG